ACGGAGAGUGGGCGGAGCUCAGCGGGGUUGGCUGAAUGACCCCAGCACCUGUUCCGCCCCGUGUAUUUACCUACUCAUAACUCCACUCCCCCCGCGCUUUGCCCCGCUCACUAUCUUCUACCAAGACUCGUUCCUGUGUGUAACCCCGCCCACCCGGCAGUCAGCUGCGGCUUUCAUUCUAAAGGCAUUCCAGCUGUGCGGAACCAGAUUCUUUUUUGCUAGUUACAUGUUCUGUACUCUAACUGAUUCACUGAGGAUGGACAGGGACAGGAGUCAGAAGAUGGAGAAGAUAAUAAAUAUCACCCUGAAGAUCAUCUACAUGCUCACUGGGGAGGAUUACACAGUAGUGAGGAAGACGUCCUGUGUGUGUGAGACACCCAAUAGCCAGCCCCGUGUGUCGGGAGGACUGAGCAGGACCCAGAGCCACAUCCCGGUGCCUCCACCUCACUCAUUGAUACAUGAGAGACACAAUGACCAGAAGAUCCUGGAACUUACCAACAUGAUCAUUCAGCUGCUGACUGGAGAGGAGUGGGAGUAUAUAGAGGAACACAGGGAUCUGUACAAGGACGUGAUGAUGGAGAAUCACCGGCCCCUCACAUCACUGGGUAAGAGGAGACUGUCAUGUGGUGUAAUGGAGAGAGCAGAUGGGGCCAGUAACAGAAAUACCCCAGAGAGAUGUUUCCGUCCUCUUUAUUCCCAGGAUCAUACAGAGGAGAAUCACAGGACCCCACAGGAGGAUCAGGGUGAAGAUCGCUUAAAUAAUAUUAAAGCCAAAGAUAUAGAUGGAGAAGAGAUGAAUGUGACUGAUAUAAAGGCAGAAGAUAUAGGAGAAGAAGAAGAGACGUAUGUGACUGAAAUACAGGCAGAAGAUAUAGAGGGAGAAGAAAAGACAUAUGUGACUGAUAUGAAGGCAGAAUAUAUAGAUGGAGAAGAAGAGAUGUAUGUGACUGAUAUAAAGGCAGAAGAUAUAGAUGGAGAAGAAGAGAUGUAUGUGACUGAUAUAAAGGCAGAAGAUAUAGAUGGAGAAGAAGAGACGUAUGUGACUGAUAUACAGGCAGAAGAUAUAGAGGGAGAAGAAGAGACGUAUGUGACUGAUAUGAAGGCAGAAGAUAUAGAGGGAGAAGAAGAGACGUGUGUGAGGGGUGAUCAGCAGUGUAAGGAGGAGGAAAUCCCUACAGAUAUCAGCGCAGCAGAUGGACACACAAGCAGGAAUAUCUCAGAAGGACAUCUAAUGUUAUCCCUGGAUUGUGAAAUAAAAGAUAAUGACAGUAGACCGGAUUCUCCAGAGGCUAACCCCAUUACCCCAAUUAUACAUCCAUCUCUAUCAGCUGGUCCCUCUGAUCCUGGUAAAUGUUCUUCUGAUCACUCUGAUAUUGGUACAUCUGUUACAGCUCUGACAGUAGAUACAGUGUUUCCCUGUCCUAUAGAUGCCAAAUAUUAUAUACAGAACACAAGGCUUAUUACCCAUCAACCAGCUAAGGCAGGUGAGAGGCAGUUCCCAUGUUCUGAGUGUGGGAAAUGUUUUACAUACAAAUCAAAUCUUGUUAGACAUGAGAGAAGUCACACCGGUAAGAAACCAUUUCCAUGUUCUGAGUGUGGGAAAUGUUUUACAGAGAAAUCACAUCUUGUUAUGCAUGAGAGAAUACAUACAGGUGAGGGGCAACUUUCAUGUUUUGGGUGUGGGAAAUGUUUCACACACAAAUCAACUCUUGUUGCACAUGAGAGAAGUCACACAGGUGAGAAGCCAUUUACCUGUUCUGAGUGUGGUAAAUGUUUUACACUGAAAUCAGAUCUUGUUAGACAUCAGAGAAUUCACACAGGUGAGAUGCCUCUUUCAUGUUCUGAGUGUGGGAAAUGUUUUUUAAUUAAAUCACAUCUUGUUAUACAUCAGAGAAGUCACACAGGUGAGAAACCAUUUACAUGUUCUGAGUGUGGGAAAUGUUUUACACACAAAUCAUCUCUUGUUAUACAUGAGAGAAUGCAUACAGGUGAGAAACCAUUUCCAUGUUUGGAGUGUGGGAAAUGCUUUACACACAAGUCAUCUCUUGUUAUACAUGGGAGAAGUCACACAGGGGAGAAGCCAUUUUCAUGUUCUGAGUGUGGGAAAUGUUUUGCACGGAAAUCACACAUUAUUACACAUCAAAGAAGUCACACAGGUGAAAAGCCAUUUUCAUGUUCUGAUUGUGGGAAAAGUUUUACACUGAAAUCAGAUCUUGUUAGACAUGAGAGAUGUCACACAGGUGAGAAGCCAUUUUCAUGUUUUGUGUGUGGUAAAUGUUUUACAAUGAAAUCAAAUCUUGUUAGACAUGAGAAGUCACAUGGAUGAGAAGCCACUAUCAUGUUUUGAGUGUGGGAUUUUUAAAAAUAAAUAAAUCACAUCUUGUUACACAUCA